AUGGCUGGAGCGAAGAAGAAGAAGACCAAGCCAGCCGCCAACCCUGCGAGAGGCUACGCCACCACGUCUGUGGUCUCCAAGACGAGAGUCGAACCGACUGAGAAUGCUGCCGAACCUGCAAAGAAAGGCACCGCCGAUACUCCUGGCAAAAAGCUUAGCACUGUCCCGCUGCAGCCCUCCACCGAAAACGACAAGCCCUCUGGCACCGCAGAGAAGAAGCCGGAGCUGACCCCAGAGGAGUUCGAGAAGCAGUUGGAAGAGUCAGAACUUCAGAUUCUCGUAGACAAGUACGCUCAAAAGACCAGGCGAGAUGCCCAGCGCCAGAAGCAGAGGCUGGAAACCGACCGCCGUCUGCUACGAGGACAAGCCGAGUCCGUCAACUCGAAGAAAUGGCUACCACAAGAGCUGAUGGACCACAUCCUCGACCUCAUACAAGCCGAGGGCCGUUUCUCUGCUUCCAGUUCAACAUCAGACGGGGCAAGUGGAGGGAAAAUGCUCUCCGAAGAGGACCUGACUAUAAAGCUGUGGGCUUUGCAACAGACGCUGAAGGGCUCAGGGUUCCCAGAGGCCAGAAUUCAGGAUGCGCUCCAGUUUGUCCUGGACAUCUCGGCAAACAUCAGCGGAAUCAGUAAGGACUCCAUAUGGGGGCUGGAGGAGGCGAUGGACUGGUUCGCACGAGAAUGCGCUGUCGACGAACUGCCCGAGUACGAUAUCCGCCGCAGACCAGGAGCUACCCCGGCCGACUCUCCAUUGCCAUCGGGAGCGACUACUCCUCUUCUAUUAGAGCCUGAGGCCCUUCAAAAGUCAAAGAAGAAGAAGAACGGUUCGAGGGCACCGCGGUCACCUGGCACAAUCUCCCCGAAGCGACAAAUCAUAACAUAUGAUAGCGAUAUAGAGCCUGACGACCUUGUCCCAGUUUACUUGUCUGCUAAAGAGGAAUUGUUUGCAAUUCAACGACCACAGAGGGAAGGCGUCAAGAAGGGGCGAAAGUCCGCCCAGCAGCUCCAGGCGCCUCCGGCAGCUGAAGACUCCUCCGAUGAUUUGAAGGUUGCAAAGUUGCUCGCUAAAAUAGACAGAAUAGAAAAGGACCCACUCUUUGACGCGGGUCUGGCCAGGAUUCAAUGGGAGUCGAAACGGAUAGAGCUGGAGAGAGAAUACGCCGAAGCCAAGAGACUCAAAGACGAUGCUAAGACGCCCCCAAAGGCAGCAGAGGGGGAGCAAUGCGAGCAAGACACCACGCCGCCCUUAGGACAAGACGAUGAUGAUGACGAUGACGACGACGAAAUUACCAGAGAAGCGAAAAAGAUGGCCGCCGACAUGCUCGCGCAGGACGAGAGUGAGGAAGACCAGGCACUCUCGGAUCUCUUCGCAGCCCUUCCUACCAACGAGGUAGACGCUACAACGGGCAAGACUAGCACAGUCAUGACCAACAGUGAUGGCUCAAAAGUGACGAUCCGGGAUUUUGGCAAGUGGUCAGGUAUGAACCCGAUGAGGGUUCUGGAAGAAGCGUGUCGGUCAAGGGACGCAUCCUCCAAGCUCUCCUACAUCAAAGUAUCAGAGACUGCCUUCGCCCACAGGCACCUUCUCAGCAUAUCUUGGGCGAAAGCUCAGGAACCACUGGCCGAACACGACGUCCCAGGCGUCGAAGCUGCGUCCUCGCCAAACAAGUAUGUGUUCAAGAUGACGGAGAUCGCGACUCCUGACGAGAAGCAGUCAGAAGCAUUCAUCGCCACUGCUGCGCUUUUCCUUGCCUUUGGCUCGUCUGGAAAAGAUGAGAAGGUGUCUCUCAAAUUGCCGCCUCAGUGGCGUGACCUCUGGAAUGAGUACGCCGAGGCCAAGAAAUCAAAUGCGGAUGCGCAGGAUCGUGCUGCUAUCAAGGAGCUCCGAGGCCUGGUUCGUAAGCGACGCGAUCAGGAGGAGGAGGAUGGCGUGCUGAUCCAAGGCGCAUUCCGUGGCCGGAAUAACGGUCGCAAUGGUGGUGAUUCUGCCGAUGUCCUUGCUGAGAAGCGGAUAUCGGGCUCCCCAGAAUACUACCAAAGCAUCUGGCAGAAGAAGAGCAGCACACCCAAAUACCAGAAAAUGCUGCAGUCUCGCAUGCAACUUCCAAUGUGGAACUUCCGACAACAAGUCGUAGAGGCAGUCGACCGAGAGCAAGUCGUCAUCGUCUGUGGAGAGACGGGGUGCGGCAAGAGUACCCAAGUGCCUUCUUUUCUGCUGGAGCACCAGCUAUCCAUGGGUAAGCCGUGCAAGCUGUAUUGCACUGAGCCUCGGCGAAUUUCAGCCAUAUCAUUAGCUCGUCGCGUGAGUGAAGAACUUGGCGAGAAUAAGAACGACAUCGGCACGCCGAGGUCUUUGGUUGGGUACUCGAUCAGACUUGAGGCCAAUACGUCAAAGGAAACACGUCUUGUUUUCGCAACGACUGGCAUUGUCAUGAGGAUGCUCGAGGGUUCGAAUGAGUUGCGCGAGAUCACACACUUGGUCCUCGAUGAAGUCCACGAGCGAUCUAUUGACAGUGACUUCCUCCUUAUCGUCCUGAAGAAGUUGAUGACGAAACGUAAGGAUCUAAAAGUAGUUUUGAUGUCCGCCACAGUGGACGCAGAGCGGUUUUCAAAAUACUUUGGUGGAGCAACCGUACUGAAUGUGCCCGGACGCACGUUCCCUGUCAAGGUGAACUAUCUUGAGGAUGCAAUUGAGUUGACAGGCCACACUGUGGACAAGCGCACCAAGGAGAAGCUGGUGGACCUCGACGAUGACGAGGCAGACAUCAGCGAGCCAGACAGCUCUUCCAAACCAGAGCUCAUCAAGACGUUGCAAAGCUACUCGGCCCGAACUCGCAACACUCUGUCACAAAUGGACGAAUACCAAAUUGACUACGAACUCAUCGUUCAGCUCAUUGGGCGUAUCGCUGUCGAUCCCUCCUACGCCGACUAUAGUAAAGCUAUCCUCGUCUUCCUUCCCGGUAUUGCAGAGAUACGGGCAGUCAACGACAUGAUCCUUGGCGAUCGAUUCUUUCAACAGAAUUGGGUUGUCUAUCCCAUGCAUUCCACCAUCGCUUCAGAAGAGCAAGAAGCUGCUUUCUUGAUACCGCCGCAAGGUCACAGAAAGAUUGUGCUUGCGACAAAUAUCGCGGAGACCGGAAUCACGAUACCAGAUGUCACGUGUGUGAUAGAUACUGGCAAGCAUCGUGAGAUGCGCUUCGAUGAGCGGCGUCAGCUUUCGAAGUUAAUCGACACGUUCAUCUCGAAAGCAAACGCUAAACAGCGCCGCGGUCGAGCAGGGCGUGUGCAAGAAGGUCUUUGUUUUCACCUUUUCACCAAAUACCGGCAUGAUACCAUUAUGAGCGAUCAGCAGACACCGGAGAUGCUGCGAUUAUCAUUGCAAGACCUUGCGAUUCGUGUCAAAAUAUGCAAGAUUGGCGGCAUUGAGGAGACUCUGAGCGAGGCACUCGAUCCGCCUUCGUCAAAAAACAUUCGCAGGGCAAUCGACGCCCUGGUCGACGUCCGUGCCUUGACUUCGGGAGAGGAGUUGACGCCACUAGGCCAACAGCUCGCAAGGCUACCACUGGAUGUCUUCCUGGGCAAACUGAUCCUCAUGGGUACCGUUUUCAAGUGUCUUGACAUGGCUGUCACGGUGGCGGCCGUCUUGUCAUCCAAGUCGCCAUUCGUUGCGCCUUUUGGACAGCGUGCUCAGGCGGAUACGGUCCGUCUAGCCUUCCGCCGAGGAGACUCCGAUCUGCUCACAGUAUAUAACGCCUAUCUUGCGUGGAAACGAGUUUGCCAGUCCGCUGCAUCGGCAGGUAGCCAGGAGUUCCAAUUCUGCAGGAAGAACUUCCUCAGCCCACAGAACCUGGCCAAUAUCGAAGACCUGAAGGGCCAGUUACUGGUGUCGUUGGUGGAUUCGGGCUUUUUGCAGCUCACGGAAGAAGAGCGCCGCAACCUCAAUCGCAUACGUUACUCUUCUGGCUCCGGUGGUCGGCGUCGCAAUCAAGCUUUCUUCGACCUUCCGCAGCGGGUCAACAUCAACAGCAACAACGACAUAAUAUCCCAGUCGGUGAUCGCCUGGAGCUUCUAUCCGAAACUGCUGGUCCGAGAUGUACCUGGUGGAAAAGGCUUGAGAAACGUGGGAAACAACCAGUCUGUCAGCAUGCAUCCAACCAGUGUCAACAAAGGACACAAUGAGCUGCGGUGGCUGAGCUACUACCACAUCAUGCAAGGCAGCAGCAAGUUCACAAAUGCCCACGAGACGACUGCCGUCGAGGCUUUCGCAAUUGCUCUACAGUGCGGUGACGUCCGCGCCGAUAUGUACUCGGGCGUCCUCAUCCUCGACGGCAACAGGGCUCGCUUUGCCAUUCCUGACUGGAAGACGAUGCUGGUGAUCAAGGUUCUCCGUGGUCGGCUCCGCGACAUGCUGACAAGGUCAUUCAAGAAUCCAGGUAAGCUACUCACGGCACAGCACGAGAAAUGGAUGAAUGUGUGGCAGGACAUCUUCUCGCAGGAGCAAUUGUUUGGCGACAAGAAUAGCAGCGGUGCGGCAGGUGCGAGUCGGGGCUCAGCUUAG